CACGUCGAAGACAACAAACAGUUUUGUUGCUCCUUCUUUCAUAGCAAUAGAGAUGAAUUGUUGGUCAUCGUUUGUUCUACUUCUUGCUGUGAUGGCUUUCGUCUUCGCCUUCCACACAGCAGAGGCCAAACGUGGUUGUGCCGCUUUCGGCCAUUCCUGCUACGGGGGCACAGGGAAACGCAGUCGCGAAGCCCCGGAAAACAAUGAAGAAAUUCUUCAAGAUGUGCAAAGUGAAGAAAAUCCAGCUUUUGUCUUCACCGGACCCAGAAGUGAGUACCGACCGGAACGACCCCCGAAACUAACUCCAGAGCAAUAUGAUAACAUAUCACGAGUCAUCAGGCAAUGGAUCCAGUCCUACAGGAGAGCUCAGGAAAUGCGCCCCGAUAAUAUUUAAAUCAAUCAGAACUGAGUUUUUGUCGUCUCCUAAGUCAAUGUUUACAAAACUGUAAAGGCUAUCUUCUUGUAGGUUUGUAAAUUGUGUUGUAUUUUCAUUGUAUAUUUAAAGUUUUCAAAAAUAAAGUGUCAUUGGCUGGAACUUUAUGAUUUUGACGCCCGGUUGUUUGUUACGCCACUGGACUUAACAAACUGACAGUUGACACGACAAAUAAGCUACGAAUUGUUAUCACAUCUAAAUAAAUAAAUUAAUAAAGACUAAAC